CUUCAGCGAAGCAUGGGUCUCAGCGACCAGGAAUGGCAGCAGGUCCUCACAAUCUGGGGGAAGGUGGAGGCCGACAUCGCAGGCCACGGACAUGAAGUUUUAAUGAGACUCUUUCAUGACCAUCCUGAGACCUUGGAUCGCUUUGAAAAAUUCAAAGGUCUGACAACUCCUGAUCAGAUGAAGGCCUCUGAAGAUCUAAAGAAACAUGGAGCUACUGUCCUUACUCAGCUGGGCAAAAUCCUGAAGCAGAAGGGUAAUCAUGAGGCUGAGCUGAAACCUUUGGCUCAAACCCAUGCCACCAAGCACAAAAUACCUGUCAAAUAUCUGGAGUUCAUUUCUGAAGUCAUCAUCAAGGUCAUUGCGGAAAAGCACUCUGCAGACUUCGGGGCUGAUUCCCAGGCUGCGAUGAAGAAGGCUUUGGAGCUGUUCCGAAAUGACAUGGCCAGCAAGUACAAGGAGUUCGGUUUCCAGGGUUAGCACAUACGCACAGCAGGACACCACAUUGCAGGACUGGCCUUGCAUCUUAGAGUAGCUUCCCCAGCACUGUUUUGUACAUCUCACAAUUGGCCAUCCGAGACAUGUGGGAAUGCUUUGAUGAGAGGCCAAGAAUCACUGUAGGCAGUGCAGAGGCACUCAAUAAUGUCCAUGAUAAAACUUUGUCCUUUCCUGGCUUUAUGUGUACGAAAAAAAAUAUCUGUUUUCUUAGGAAAAAUAAUGUAAGAUGUUAUCUGUGAGCUUCUGCCUAUCCCUUUUCC